CCCAGCUUUAAAAAAAUAAAAUAAAAAAUGUAUGUAUGGCGUACGAAGGGAUCUGGCGUUCCUUCCCGCGGCUUCGGGAAGGGGGCGUUGUCCCCUCGGGCUCUGAGGCCCGGGGCUGCGGUCAAGGGCGCUGUCACCAGGGAAGCUCCCCGGGGCGAGCUGGCCGGUGCGGGAGGCCCCGCCCCUGCCGCCAUGUUGGAGCGCCGUGGUGAGGAGGCCUGUGGCGUCGGGGCCGGGCUUCCGGCCUCCCCCGGCUUCGGCCCCGUUAGACAGAACCGCCGGACGCGCGUGAAGGAGGACAUGGAGCCUGUGACCUUUGAGGAUGUGGCUGUGAACUUCAGCCCAGGAGAGUGGGCUUUGUUGGAUUCCAGUCAAAAGAAGCUCUACAGAGAUGUGAUGACAGAAACCUUUAUGAACCUGAUCUCCAUAGGAAAAACAGAAGAAAACAUUGAAGAGGGCUGUCCAAAUAUCAGAAGAAAUCCGAGAACUCAGAUGAUUGAGAGGGACUACAAGUGUGAAGAUAGCUGUCGGUGCAGAGAAGCCCACCACCAACAGAUUCCAGAAUAUGUUGUUAGUGAGGACAUGCCAUCUGCAACAGCAGUGUAUGAAAGCAAUGUGUGUGAAGGAGCCAUCAGAGCUCAUUUGCCUUCAGAUGCAAAUCUCACUGAUAAACAUGGAGAGAAAUCAUUUGAGAGUAAGGGACGCGUGGAGGAAACUGUUCAACAUGAGAAAUGUUAUGCAGAUUUCACUUCAUCUGAGUUCUUUCAGUUACUCAAAAGUCCUAUACAGAUAGUUUGUAAAAAGAAACAAUUUAAUGCAGCCUAUAAGACUCUCACUUCUGAUCAAAAUUAUGAGAGAAUUUACAAUGAAGGUGCAUGUCACAAAUAUAAUCAGUUUGAAAAAGCCAUCAGAAGAUACCCUUACUUUCAGAUGUAUGAAAGACUCCACACUAGAGUGAAGCCAUUUAUGUGUAAGCAAUGUGGAGAAGCCUUUAUUAAUUUUAGUCAGCUUGUCUGCCAUGAAAGAAUUCAUACUGGAGAGGAAUGUUAUGUGUGUAAUCAGUGUGGAAAAGCAUUUAGACAUUAUUCGUACCUUCAGAAACAUGAAAAAAUCCACAGUGGGGAUACACCAUAUAUGUGUAAGCAGUGUGGCAAAGCCUUCAUUCGUUCCUCACACCUUCUCGUCCAUGAAAGAAUUCACACUGGAGAGAAACCCUAUGCCUGUAAACACUGUGGAAAAGCAUUCAGCCACCACAGUGCCUGUUACAGACAUGAAAUAAUUCACACUGAAGAGAAACCCUAUGUCUGCAAGCAGUGUGGGAAAGCAUUCACUUGUUCUACAUCCCUUCGUAACCACGAACGAAUCCACACUGGAGAAAAACCUUAUGCAUGUAAGCAGUGUGGCAAAUCCUUCAUCCAACGAGAUGCGUGUUAUAAUCAUGAAAGGACUCACACUGGAGAGAAGCCCUAUGUGUGUAAGCAGUGUGGGAAGGCCUUUACAUGGUCCACGUGCCUUCGCAACCAUGAAAGGACUCACACUGGAGAGAAACCGUACAUAUGUAAGCACUGUGGAAAAGCCUUCACCCAUUCCAGCACCCGUUACAGUCAUGAAAGAAUUCAUACUGGCGAGAAACCAUAUGUAUGUAAGAAGUGUGGGAAGGCAUUCAUUCAUUCCAGCCAUCUUAUCAGCCAUGAAAAGAUCCACACUGGGGAGAAACCUUAUGCGUGCAAACAUUGUGGGAAAGCUUUCAUUCAACGUAAGGCUUGUUACAAUCAUGAAAGAACUCAUACUGGAGAGAAGCCCUAUGUUUGUAAACAUUGUGGAAAAGCAUUUAGGUGUACCACGUACCUUCGCAACCAUGAACGAACUCACACUGGAGAGAAACCUUACAUAUGUAAGCAUUGUGGGAAAGCCUUUACACACCAGAGUGCCCGCUACCGUCAUGAACGAAUUCACACUGGAGAGAAACCCUAUGUAUGUAAAAAGUGUGGAAAAGCAUUCAGUGAUUGCAGCUAUCUUGUGAAGCAUGAAAGAAUUCACUGGAGAGAAGCCUUACACAUGUAAGACUAGAGAAACCUCCAUGUGUUCCACAUCAUUAUCCACAUGAAAGGGCUGACAGAAGAGAACUGAAGAAUACCUGGUGGCCUUGCCUUAGUAUUGUGAGGCAUGAAAGAAAGUAUUAACAGCUUACAAGAAGGUUCAGUGAGUAAAGGUGCUUGUUGCUAAGCUUGAUAAUCUAAGUUCUAUCCCAGGGACUCUUAUGGGGAAAAUAGACAAUUAUUUCUAAAAGAUUACCUCUGAAUUUCAUGUACAUAUGUGGGUUCACACACAAACUCAGUAUUUAUUUCACACAGGACAUACAAGCAGACAGGAUGAAAUCCUACUGCACUCAGUAUGGUAGAAAAAAGGCACAGCCUUUAUUCUGGCACUGGGUGAGGUGGGAUGGUAGAGAUUAGAGAAUUAUAUUGAUAUAGUGAGUCUGAACACCACAUGGGAAGGUUAAGAGCUAGUUACAAGCAAGUGGAGUUUUCCUCACAAAGAAAGAAGAAAACAGCUGGAGGGAGGGUUGAGCUGUUCGGAGCCCAUGCUGCUCUGUAGGAGCUCCUGGUUUUGUUUCUCAGCGCCCACAUCCUGUGGCUCACAACCGCCUGUAAUUCCACAUCCAGGAACUGUGAGACCCUCUUCUGGCCUCUGUAGGUACAGAACACUUGUAAAACACAUAUAAAUAAAAUAAAUCUUUAAAAAAGUAUGUGUAUAAAGCAAAUAAAAAAGCUGUGUUUUUUGAAAUAAGAAAAUUUAUGAAAUAUCAUAUAGUUCAAUUUUAUAAGAAUAAUAACUGGAGACGGAGCAAAUUUAUUUGCACAGAUUAUUUCUGGAAAUAACCUGGAAUACAAUAAAAUUAUGAGCAUUUUUAUUGUUCAAGUCUUAUGAGACCUUUAGUUUGCAUUAUUGUUCUUUACAGUUUUAAAAUAAGAUUUGGUGAAUAAUGUCAUGAUUUUGUCUGCCUGUACUGCCUGGUGCUUAGACUGCGGAACCCACCAACACAUUGACACUAACAGUAGCAACCAUUUAUAAAACUUUUGCAUUGAGGUGAUGUAAAUUCGGUGAAUUGAUUUCAGUUCAGUAGGUAUUGUUUAAAUGAAAUGAGGUAAUGCUUUAUUGUAGAGCUGUUGGAUUCAUUGGACUGAGAUGUCUUUGCAAUAAAACAGUAGAUUUAAUUUUACCUAGGUUAUUGGUAAUUGUGCAUUUGAAAGUGAAAUGUAUUCUUCUUAAAAGUAUUUUCUCACUAUUAUAUGGCAUACUUUUAAAAUUAUUAUUAAUUCCUUUACAAUGAACUUUUUCUGGUGUUUAUACAGAUUUUAUAUUUUGUGUUUUUCAGUGUAUGUGUUGUUCCAAUGAGAGUAUUUUAUUUCUUUUUGUUUGUAGACAGCAUCUCACUAUGUAGGCUUGGCUGGCUGAGAACUCACACAGUUCCUGCCUUUGCCUCCAAACAGUUGGAAUUAAAGCUUAUACCACAACA